CGCGGGCCCGCUGCCACGGUCUCGCAUCCUCCAUCGGGAAAAGUACUGAAACUUAAAAAAUGUCAUCUAUCAAGCACCUAGUUUAUGCAGUUAUUCGUUUCUUACGGGAACAAAGUCAGAUGGAUGCUUAUACUUCAGAUGAACAAGAAAGUUUGGAAGUUGCAAUUCAAUGCUUGGAGACAGUUUUUAAAAUCAGCCCAGAAGAUACACAUCUAGCAGUUUCACAGCCUCUGACAGAAAUGUUCACAAAUUCCUUCUGUAAGAAUGACAUUCGGCCUCUCUCAAACUCAGUACCUGGAGAUGUGGGAAAAGCUGACCAAUUAAAAGAUGAAGGCAAUAACCACAUGAAAGAAGAAAAUUAUUCUGCUGCAGUGGAUUGUUACACACAGGCAAUAGAACUGGAUCCAAAUAAUGCGGUUUAUUACUGCAACAGGGCUGCUGCUCAGAGUAAAUUAGGUCACUACACAGAUGCAAUAAAGGAUUGUGAAAAGGCAAUAGCAAUUGAUUCCAAGUACAGCAAGGCCUAUGGGAGAAUGGGGCUGGCCCUCACUGCCAUGAAUAAAUUUGAAGAAGCAGUUACAAGUUAUCAAAAGGCAUUAGAUCUUGACCCUGAAAAUGAUUCCUAUAAGUCAAAUCUGAAAAUAGCAGAACAGAAGUUAAGAGAGGUAUCCAGUCCUACAGGAACUGGAUUGAGCUUUGACAUGACUAGCUUAAUAAAUAAUCCAGCCUUCAUUAGUAUGGCAGCAAGUUUAAUGCAGAAUCCUCAAGUUCAACAGCUAAUGUCAGGAAUGAUGACAAAUGCCAUUGGGGGACCUGCUGCUGGAGUUGGGGGCCUAACUGACCUGUCUAGCCUCAUCCAAGCGGGACAGCAGUUUGCUCAGCAGAUACAGCAACAGAAUCCUGAACUCAUAGAGCAACUGAGAAAUCACAUCCGGAGCAGGUCAUUCAGCAGCAGCACGGAAGACCACUCCUGACUCUAGAUCAGGGAUUCUAGACUGGAAACGGUUACUGCUCUGAAGUGUUUGCUGUAGAUAGUGGCCAAAAAACAAAAACAAAAAACCUACAGAAUACAUCUGUGUAGACAAUAGGUUUAUCACAAACAGACUUCACCGUAAUGUGACUCCUUUGUAAAUGAAUGGUCACUCAACAGGGUUUCAUUUUCACAUCUUCAUCGUCAUAUCUGUAUGCUAGACUUAAUAGCAGUAAGGCUGUUUAUUGGUGAGUGCUCUGGCUCCCAAUUCCCUUCAGCAAACUUUCUGAGAGGGAAGAUGACCAAGAGGAAAGGUUUCACAUGCUGGGUUAAGAGCAACGUGCUUGCCCAUGAGCAGCACGUCUGGAGAGAACUUUGAUAUCUAGGUUUAGCCUUGAGAAUGCCAUCAGUGAUGAAUAUAUAUCACAGGAGCCAGCACUGUCUUUAAUGCUGCUCAUUUUAAUGGGUGGCAGGGAAGCAUCAGAGCUGGUAGAAAGCAGAAUUUGGUGGAAGGGUUGUUUGAAAAGAAAGAAUAGAUGCUGUGAAUGUAUAGAAAGUGAAGGUAGGUAGGAUGCUCAGGUUUUUGCCUAGUUUUUAAUUAAUCUUGCCUGUAGUUUGGUAUUUAUAACAUUAGCAUGGCUAAUUAUACUAUGUACAUAAUAAAAUACAUUUAGAAAUCCUUAAUGGUACUGGUUAGGCCAGUUGUAUAACUAUUCAGUUUAACUAGCACAACAUCCCCAGUGGUGACCUUACCAUGAAAACUCUCAAAUAUACCUACAUUAAAAUAAGCCAAUGGCUUGGCUCUUAAGUUAAGGAUUUUCUAAGUGGCAUUUAAUUAUGUGCCCAUAAACACUGAUUUUUUUUUUAAAAACACCUCAGUAAUUAUUUGAUAGAAUACAGAAAGCAUCUGUCAUUAACAGUGCUUGUUCGUGUAAUCCUCUGCUAUGAUUUGGUUUGGCAUGUUGCUUUUAUGCUUAACUUAAUUUGAUGCAACUUAAACAUAAUAGGGGAUUUAAAAUAUGACAUUUAAAUUAGAAUACAUAUUAGUGGAGAGAAGUGGCAUUGUUCGGUAUUAAUGGCACGGCUCUAACUAUAGUGAUGGAGGAGGCUGUUCUAAUUGGAAUUUCUUUUGUUUGUUAAUUAUGAAAUAGGUAAAGUUGGGCAGACACAUGAUGUUGCAAGUGUUGUGAGAAAAAACUGUAAAAGAAUGUAAUAUUAAAUUAGUAAUACUGAUAAUAGUCAGGGCAUUAUUAGAACUAUUCUCCUCAAAAGAGAAUAAAGUUUAAAAACCUUU